GGGUGCUCUCCACAGAGACACAGACAAGCUGGGAGCUGCAUGAUGCUUGGCCAGGCUGACAGCCCCUGGGUUUCCUGGGUUUUGCAAAGCUUUCUGUUUACUUUGACUGUGCUAGAUUUUGCCUGCAGAUUAGAGACAGGGUGAGAUGGACACAGGAACAGAUGAGAUAUCGUCGACUUCCUGUAGCCCGGAUGUUGGAGGAAGCGCUGAGGGGCCCCUCGCUGCCCCCAUCAUGGCGUCUGCUCUCACUGUCCUCCUCCUCGACCUCAAGUACCCCAAACCCUCCAUCUCCCUGAGCCCCAGUGGGGAUGUCGCCCUGGGGGGAGCUGUGACCGUCCAGUGUCAGGGUCGGCACCAGAACAUGAGGUUCCUUCUGUACCAAGAUGGAAACCCAAAUGUGCUCCAGGACGCAGAACCUGCUGGGGACCUGGCUGAGUUUCCCAUUCGCGACGUGAGCCAGAGAGAUGCAGGGAGCUACAGCUGCUAUCAUCAUGACAAAGUGUACCCGUUCACCUGGUCGCAUCCCAGCGACCCUGUGGAGCUGGUGGUAGCAGGUGAGGGGCCCGGCUCAGUAUCCCCGCUCCCAGCCCCACACCCAGCCGGACCCUCAGGGGCAAGGGCAUGUGCGAGGGGGCAAGCUGACACAGGCCCCCCUGAAUCAAUGGGGCACAGAACUCCUCUGGGGAGCAGAGGCAAGUCCUCUGGCUGCGGGGGGGCACACAAAGUGCCCCUCCAAAAGUGGCCACAUUUUUAUUCCUUUCCUCAUUCAGGGCUCGGUGGAGCUUGGCACCGGGGCGGUGGUGACAGCGCUGAGGGGCCCCUUGCUGCCCCCAUUAUGGCAUCUGCUCCCAUGAUCAUCUUCCUUGGCUGCUGGCUGGCCGGGCAGAGCAGGGUGUCGGGACAGACCACCUACUCCAAACCCUCCAUCUCCCUGCACCCCAGCAGGGAGGUGACCCCGGGGGAAGCCGUGACCGUCCGGUGUCAGGCUCCAUACCAGAACAUGAGGUUCCUUCUGUACAAAGAUGGAAACCCGACCGCGCUGCAGGAGGUGGAGCCGGCUGGGAACGUGGCUGAGUUUCCCAUUCGCAAUGUGAGCCGCAGAGAUGCAGGGAACUACCGCUGCCAAUAUAGCAACAAAAUGGACCUGUCUGCCUCUUCGCAUCCCAGUGACCCUGUGGAGCUGGUGGUAGCAGGGAGAACUGACCCAACUCCGCUGGGAAUGAUGACGGCUUCCACCCAACCAAGCAGCGCGGGGCCAGGUCCUGUAACCUAUAGGAUUAGCCUGCUUGCUUGCAUAUAUGUAUCUUUUCUUAUAGUUUAAGUAUUAUAUAUACUCGUUCAUAAGCCGAAUAUUUUUGGUAAAAAAGUGACGCAUCAAAGCGCGGAGAUUGGCUUAUAAACAGUGUACACCAAAAUUUGAUGAUUUUAAACUCUAUGUAAUCAUUCCCGUAGCUCCCAUUGGCUGGGAACGGUGGACCGCAGCCACAGGGAACUGAGGGGCUCCAUGCCUGCAGAUGCUCCAAGUAAACAAAACGUCCCACCAGCGGCUUACCCUGACAGGCCGGGAGCCAAAGUUUGCCAACCCAUUUAUUGAUGUCAAUACUGCAGCCUUUUAAAGUUGCAAAGGGUUUGUUUAGUGGACUAGAUUGGCUUGAAAUGGACCUCAUAAGUCUUGAGCCAAUAGGAAAAUAUAACACGUAGAAUCAAUGGAAUCUCUAAUAAAAUUGAAAUAGCUUGAUAUCCCUACAGACUUGCCAAUCUACAGGGCUGCUUUGAAAUAAACAAAGAACAAUAAUAAUUUGACAGUGAUAAAGCAGGUGACAUUCCUCUAUAAAGUCCUACAAAAUCUAUAACUACAAUAAUAAUAAUCAUCAUCUAUUUUCAUACUAGUAUUUAAAAUGAACAACCGUGAAAUCAAAAGAAAAAGGUCUUCUUAUCACGCAGCGUUCAAACGUAAAGUUGUUGAAGAUGCAGAAGCAAACAAUAAUUGUGCCGCUGCUCGUGAAUUCUGUAUCAAUGAGAAGCAAGUAAGAGAAUGGAGAAAAAAUAAAACAAUAAAAGACAUGCCAAGAAACAAGGAAAAAUGUCCAACGAGGUGCGCUUCAUUUCCUGAACUAGGGAAAGAUCUCAAUAAUUGGGUUGUUGAAUGUCGACAAAAUGGGUACAAUGUCACUAGAACUGGAAUUCGUCUGCGUGCUCUGCAAAUGUCGAAAGACAACAAAUACAAGUCAGUAAAGCCGUCAAUGUUUGUCGCAUCAGCGGGUUGGUGUACUCACUUCAUGAACCGUCAUGGUCUCUGUCUUUGUCAGCGAACAAAGAUAGCGCAAAAGCUGCCGAGAGAUCUGGAAGAAAAAAAUCAAAUCUUUCGAAAGGUUUAUUAUAAAAUAUCAAAAGGAAUAUGCAUUUGAACUGUCACAAAUAAGAAAUAUGGACAAAACACCAAUGACAUUCAACCUCUGGAGCAACAGAACGGUAACUGGUGUUGGUGAAAAAACAGUUUUAAUUAAAACCACUGGCCAUGAAAAAAAUCCAUUUUACGGUGGUUUUAUCAUGUUUGCCAAAUGGAUCAAAGCUCCCUCCUGUUGUUAUUUUUAAAAGAAAAACCUUGCCUAAAAACAUGAAGUUUCCUGCUGGUGUCAUCGUACGUGCACACGAAAAGGGAUGGAUGGAUGAAAGUGGGACUACUGAAUGGCUGGAAAAAGUGUGGAAUAAGAGACCAGGAGCACUUUUCAAGAAACCUGCUAUGCUCAUUUGGGACAUGUUCAGGGCACGCAAGACGGAUGAGGUGAAAAAUGUGGUGAAAAAUAUGAAAACUCCUUUGGCUGUAAUACCUGGAGGCUUAACUUCAGCUCUACAACCGCUUGAUGUCUGCCUGAACAAACCCUUUAAAGACAGGCUACGCAAAAUGUGGUCUGAAUGGAUCUGCUCAGGCAUGGCGAAGUUGACAAAAGGUGGCAAUCUUACGAAGUCCGAAAUCAAUCUGGUCGCCCAGUGGAUCAAGGACGCGAGGGUGUCCAUUCCCUCGGAAAUGGUAGAAAAAUCAGGAAAAUUAGGAAAUGCUGUAUCAGCAAUGCACUCGACGGGUCGGACGAUGAUGCCAUAUUUAAUGAUGACACAACAGAGGCUGAUGAUGAGAAGGAAUCUGAGUCUGAAGACGACACUGCCAACAUCUAUGAUGACAAUGCAGGUGCAGCUGUGACUGAAGCCGAGUUUAAUGAAUUGUUUGGUGGAUCAGAGAGUGAUUCAGCCUUUGAAGGAUUUUAAGACUUUUUAAAGUCUCAUAUUGUUCAAAGUUAGUUGUUUUAAAUAUCCAUUUACUGAUUUUAAAUAUUGACUAUAAUUUUGAAGGUGAAUACACAUUUGUUCAGUUAUUAUUAUAACAACAACAGGUGUUUUGUUAGAGUACAUUCAAAUAAUUCUAGCAAAACUUUUGAGGAUUUCUUGUGAUGCCAGCUUUUAAAAUAUAGCAGGGGCCAGAAAACUUUGGCUUCCGGCCCGUCAGGGUAAGCCGCUGUCACGUCAGGACGUUUUGUUUAC